AUGAGAAAAGAGAUGGAAAACAAGCUUGAAGCAAAAGACAAAAGCAUUCAGAAAAGAAUACCACGUUCGGUACCAAAAGGAAAGGAAAAGAACUAUAAGUAUAUGAUUUAUACUGAAGAUAUGGAAGACAGUGACAUGGUUAUGUUGCAUUUAGUCAGAAGAAACAACAAAAGCUUUUACGACCUUGCUAAGAUUUGCAAAUCUGACAGAAAUUGGUUCUAUCGCGAAAACUUACCGAUUUCAAUGACUCCAAAUGAAGAUGUGAAACAAAUAGUUCAAGAUACGUUACCUCAAACACACUAUGAUAUUAAAGGUUGUACAAUUUUUACCUUCAAAGAAGAUUUGCCAUUGUUAAAGGAAAAAAUAACAGAGUAUUUUGACAACUUCAAACAAGUAGGGUAA